UGAUCUCGUCCGUGCCGGACCCUCCAUCUUUGACAUUCACCCUCAGCACCCACCCUCGAUACUGUCGAGCCUAUCCGCUUCAUCAUGGAGCAUCCAGCCGACGAUCCACUCAACGGCGACGAGCCCGCCGCUUCCGGCUUCCGACCCAGCUCGCUUUUUCCGUCCUUCUGGCAAGCGCCAUCCGACGACGAAGACGUCCCCGACGACAGCGGUUCUGGUGCCCAUCCAUCUGCAACCCGCCCAAGCCGCGCCCCCGAGCAUGCAGCUGGAUCGCUCUCGACCGCUGUAUUUCCCAAGUUCGAUUCCUUUUCGUUCUCGUCGGCGCCAAGGAUCUCGACUUCGGCCCUGACUCUCGCCAAAACGCCUGCCGAAGCUGUCCCCAGCACACGGCUCUCCCAGAUCUUGCUGAGGGCCGAGCGACAGUUGAGAGAGACCAGCGCCUCGACCCGCCGAGAUCCAGCAAGCUUGGAAGAGGCCCGACGGUAUGCAGAGUAUGAGCAGUCGCUGUCGACUGAUUCCCGGGCCCACAAGCGACGCCGACGUUCCCUCGAUUCAGAUCGCGAGCUUUGGUCCUCCGACAGCGACUCAGACCACAAUUCCGGUCGAGACAGGGGACACAAUCGAGAUCAAGACAGGGCUCGGGAUCGAGAUCGUGGACAUGGUCGCAAUCAAACCCACAAGGACAGAGCCAAUGAUCAAGAUCGAAGCGAAUCCCGAGAUCGAGACAGAAGCCGACACCGGCACCGGCACCGAUCCGAAAAGACCAAGAAGGAGAAGCGCUCGAGCCACAAGGGCCGGGAUGUGUCCAGCACCGCUCGCGAGGAAUAUGAUGGCUUCUACAUCGACAAAAAGGGCAACCAGGGCAACUUUCAGAUCGACGGCACCAGCAAGUACGAUCUGCCCGACUAUUACCGACAAAGCGACCGUAUCUAUGGCUGUCCCGGCUGGAAGAUCGAUUUCAAAGCCUCACACAGAGGAAAGGGGAUUGUGCUCAUCAACAAGCGUCGUGCCGGACAUGAUAGCGACACCUAUAAAACCAGAUACAAUGACUUCCGCGCGGCGCUCCAGACGGAUCCUAUUCCAGUCAAAAAGAUAAUAGAACGUGCGGCUACUGCCGCUGCAUCAGGCACUAUCGAGCAGGAUGAAGCAGCCGAUUUCUUGCAGUUUGAACCCGCGCCCGUGGAUGACGAUGAGGACGAGACUCAGAUAAGGGCGUCUGAGAUCGCUCCGGUCGAUGCAGCCAGUCAGGAGUAUCUCAAGCGAAACCAAGAGUUCAGCCAGAAGCUCAGCGAGGAUCCGACGAAUCUCCAGAUUUGGUUGGACUAUGUCCGGCUACAAGACACCACCAGUAAGCUAUCCAAGCGUGGCAAGCCCGCAGAAGCCAACCGAUCUGUCGUCGAGAAGAAGCUUAGCAUCCUCGAGCGAGCCCUUAAAUCGAUUCCCAAGAACGAGCAGCUCCUGGACGUGUACAUGGACUGCUUUGCGCGCAUCUUUGAGACGACCGCUGUCCUGGACAAGUGGGACUCGAUCCUCAAAGACUUACCGCACAGCCCACGGCUGUGGAGACGCUACCUCGAGUUCCGUCAGACAAACUACGCCUCUUUCACGGCCAGCAGUUGUCUCGACAUGUACGCCGAAGCCAUACAGAUCUUUUCCAGACGGGGCCAGCGAUACCAAGAUCAAGACAACGAGCAUAUCCUGAUCGAUCUCUUUACGCGCGCAUGCGUUUUGAUGAACGAGUCUGGUUAUGUCGAGCAGUCGAUUGCGUGCUUCCAAGCUCUGGUGGAGCUGAACUGCUUUUGCCCCGAGAAGCUGGCUGCUUUGUCGCUUGACCAGAGACUCCACGCACUGGAAGAGUUUUGGGAAGCAGGCGCUCCGCGCUUUGGAGAAGAGGGAGCCAAAGGAUGGGCCGCAUUCCAUGAUGCUGCAAUCCCCCACGAUGUGUCAUCGUUGCCUCCCGCUGCGAGCACCAGCGAAAGCGACGUCGAUCCCUCAGAUAUCUACAACUGGUGGCUUUCCGAGGAUCGGGAUGGAUACCGCCUAUGGAUGCCAGAGCGCAACACCGACGACAACGAUUACAUCGAUCCCUUCCGACCCGUUGUCUUUCAAGACGUCAUGCCGUUCUUGUUCCAGGUGCGAUCGGCGUCCGGCCGAUCGCACAUUGUGGCGUCGCUUCUGAGACUCUUGCGCCUCGACAUCCACUGGCGCCCAGUUCCGACUCUCAAGCAUGCGCCCGACGAAUCCGCAAGCAUCGGAGAACCGCUGUUGUUGGUGCCGAGCCACUUCUGGAAGCCGUCGAGUGAACACGUUGAUAUAAUCCGCUGUCGAGACGUGGCGCUGGAUCGCAGUGAAGCUGCGCCGUCCUGGCCGUCCCAGCCCAGUCUGACCGACUUUCCGAUGCACAACUUUCCGUGCGGCAUCGCGGAGAUGUUUUCAUUCGGAGAGUGGUUUGGAAUCUUCCAGCGCGAGGUCAUGGCCGAUCUCGUCAAGGGCGGACUCGGGAUGAAGACCUUUGUCUCAAACGUCCUGCAGCAAAGCCGCCAGCUGGCGCUUGAGUUUGAUCCGACAGUACUGCACCUUGCCUUUGAAUGCGCCGAGAGUCCCAAGCGGGCGGCAAAGCUCGCCAAGGGCCUGCUCAAGACCGAACGGAUGAACCUCAUGAUUUGGAACGCGUAUGCUCAGAUCGAGAAGAGCAGAGGCAACUUUGACGAGGCUCGGAAGGUGUAUGAGACGGCCUUGAUGUCGUAUGGCACAUUUCCAAUCGAGUACCAAGUCGAUGCCCCCAUUUUGCUGUGCAUGUUUGGACUGAUGGAGGUCGAAGGCGGCAACCACGAUGCAGCACUAGAUGUGUUUUGCUCGUUUAUGGACGGAAAAGUCAACUACGAUCCCUCCCAACGGACCCGAGCCGCCCCAACGCGUGUCCUCAGAGCCAAGAAGAGCUACCAGAGCUUCUGGGAAAGCACCAGGAUCAGUGAGCCCAUGUCCUCUCAGACGUUGGCCAAUACCCAUGCGCUUCUGACGAGCUACAUCUACCUCGAGUACCUCUCUGUCAACGCCGACCAUGCCCUCGAUAUCCUCAAUCGGAGCGUCCUAGCGUCGUUCGAGGGAUACACGCCUGAAGGAAGCGAGCCCUCCUCCAUCUCCGAAACUCGCAGGCUCCAGUGUCCGCGGCUUCUCGAGCUCUUGCUCAUGACCCGAGCCCGGAUUUUGGUGCUUCACAGCCAACAGGGUGCAUACAAACCGGGGACCUUGCGCGAAGCCUGUGAAAGGGCCCUCCAGAUUAUGCCCCACAAUACCCUGAUCUGGAGUGUCUACGGAUGGAACGAAAAGCGCAUGGGUUUUGAGGGCAAAGUCCGGCUCGCCUUGGACAUGGCGGUGCAAAAGAGCCCGUCGUGCACCUUGGUUCUCUUCCACAUCUGGUCCGAAAUCCACCAGCGACACCAACACAACAGCAACAUCAUCCGGUCGGUCUUUGAAGUAGCCACACAGGAGCCAAGAAUUUCGGCCUGUCCGGCGAUUUGGGUGCUGUACAUUGAAUUUGAGGUGCUUGAGGACAAUCCCAAACGAGCCAAACUCGUCUUUUUCCGAGCCAUCCGAAAUUGUCCGUGGUCAAAGGAUCUCUACGGACUGGCUUUCCGGUUGCUAUACCCAACCUUUGACCGUGACGAACUGGAGGAGGUUCAGAAGCUCAUGGAAGAAAAAGAGCUCCGGAUACGAAACCUACUGACGAGAUAGUGCCCUCUCUCCUGGGAACACGUCGGGGAUGAGAUGCACACUCCCACAGGCAUCUGAGUGCUGUUGUAUAUUGCCAUGCUCACAAUCCAAGCAAAGAAGCAGGCGCCAAGCUAUCGAAUGUAUUGAGUCGUCACAACGAUCAAUAGAUUGGUCGUGAAUGCUCGAUUGGCACGCCUCUGAUGACAGCUGCCUCCACCCUCCCCACUCGGUGAACAAUGCUGGCAUGGUGAUGAUGCUGAUGAAUGGGUAUUUGUUCUUGUCGCAAGCACCGCUCUCGCUACUACCGAAUGUGCCUGCUGCUCUCGUAGACAGUGGGAUUCACAUUCCUUCCAC